AUGGCACGGAUGUGUCAUGGGUGCAUGUGGGAGGUGGAGAUGUUGGGACAAGCCCGCUUGCACACCGCUGGAGUGGGUGGGAGGUUGGGCGAGUGGGUGGGAGGUUGGGGGAGUGGGCAGGGGGUUGGGGGAGUGGGCGGGGGGUUGGGGGAGUGGGCGGGAGGUUGGGGGAGUGGGCGGGAGGUUGGGGGAGUGGGCAGGGGGUUGGGGGAGUGGGAGGGAGGUUGGGGGAGUGGGCAGGGGGUUGGGGGAGUGGGCGGGGGGUUGGGGGAGUGGGCAGGGGGUUGGGGGAGUGGGCGGGAGGUUGGGGGAGUGGGCAGGGGGUUGGGGGAGUGGGCGGGGGGUUGGGGGAGUGGGCAGGGGGUUGGGGGAGUGGGCGGGAGGUUGGGGGAGUGGGCAGGGGGUUGGGGGAGUGGGAGGGAGGUUGGGGGAGUGGGCAGGGGGUUGGGGGAGUGGGCGGGGGGUUGGGGGAGUGGGCAGGGGGUUGGGGGAGUGGGCAGGGGGUUGGGGGAGUGGGCGGGAGGUUGGGGGAGUGGGCAGGGGGGUGGGGGAGUGGGCGGGAGGUUGGGGGCGUGGGAGGGAGGUUAG